GCCCCCUAUCGCCCGGUCAGCCCCGAGGAGUUGCCCCGUGGCCACGGCAGACGGAAGCCCAGCAAGAGUCUCGGCAGAGGCGGCGGCAGGAUGGGAGACUCCAAAGUGAAAGUGGCCGUCCGGAUCCGGCCCAUGAACCGGAGAGAAAUUGACUUGCAUACCAAAUGUGUGGUGGAUGUAGAUGCAAACAAGGUUAUUCUUAAUCCUGUAAAUACUAAUCUUUCCAAAGGAGAUGCCCGAAGCCAGCCAAAGGUGUUUGCAUAUGACCAUUGUUUCUGGUCUAUGGAUGAAUCUGUCAAAGAAAAGUAUGCAGGUCAAGAUGAUGUUUUUAAGUGCCUUGGGGAGAAUAUUCUUCAAAAUGCUUUUGAUGGCUAUAAUGCAUGUAUCUUUGCCUACGGACAGACUGGAUCUGGAAAAUCUUACACUAUGAUGGGUACAGCUGACCAACCUGGACUAAUCCCAAGACUUUGUAGUGGACUCUUUGAACGAACUCAGAAAGAGGAAAACGAAGAGCAGAGUUUUAAAGUAGAAGUGUCCUAUAUGGAAAUUUAUAAUGAAAAAGUCAGAGACCUUCUUGACCCCAAAGGAAGCCGUCAAACGUUAAAAGUCAGAGAGCACAGUGUGUUGGGACCCUAUGUCGAUGGACUUUCUAAACUGGCUGUCACGAGCUACAAGGAUAUCGAGUCUUUGAUGUCUGAGGGUAACAAAUCCCGCACAGUCGCCGCAACCAACAUGAACGAGGAGAGCAGCAGAUCCCACGCAGUCUUCAAAAUCACCCUCACGCACACUUUGUACGACGUGAAGUCUGGGACGUCUGGAGAGAAGGUGGGCAAGCUGAGCCUGGUGGAUCUGGCCGGCAGUGAGCGAGCAACGAAAACUGGAGCUGCCGGUGACAGGCUGAAGGAGGGGAGCAACAUUAACAAGUCCCUCACGACCCUCGGUCUGGUUAUCUCAGCCCUUGCAGAUCAGAGUGCUGGCAAAAACAAGAAUAAGUUUGUUCCAUAUCGUGACUCAGUCCUCACGUGGCUGCUCAAAGACAGUCUUGGGGGUAACAGUAAGACGGCAAUGGUAGCUACCGUGAGUCCGGCAGCUGAUAACUAUGACGAGACCCUUUCCACUCUGCGGUACGCAGACCGCGCCAAGAACAUCGUGAACCACGCCGUGGUGAAUGAGGAUCCUAAUGCACGCAUUAUCCGGGAUCUGAGGGAAGAAGUAGAGAAACUCCGAGAGCAGCUAACCAAAGCAGAGGCAAUGAAAUCUCCAGAGCUAAAAGAGCGGCUGGAAGAAUCCGAGAAGCUAAUCCAGGAAAUGACCGUGACCUGGGAGGAGAAAUUAAGGACUACCGAGGAGAUUGCCCAGGAGCGACAGAAACAACUGGAGAGCCUCGGAAUAUCUCUUCAAUCUUCUGGAAUUAAAGUUGGGGAUGAUAAGUGUUUCCUUGUUAAUCUGAAUGCUGAUCCUGCUUUGAAUGAACUUCUGGUUUACUAUUUAAAGGAGCAUACAUUGAUAGGUUCAGCAAAUUCCCAAGAUAUCCAGCUAUGUGGAAUGGGAAUUCUUCCUGAACACUGUAUUAUAGACAUCAUGCCAGAAGGCCAGGUUAUACUGACUCCUCAAAAGAACACCAGGACGUUUGUGAACGGCUCCUCUGUGUCCAACCCUGUGCAGCUGCACCACGGGGACAGGAUACUGUGGGGCAACAACCACUUCUUCAGAUUGAAUUUGCCUAAGAAGAAAAAGAAAGCAGACCGAGAGAAUGAGGACCAAGACACCUCCAUGAAGAACGACGCCAGUUCUGAGCAGCUGGACGUAGACGGGGACUCCUCCAGCGAGGUGUCCAGUGAGGUCAACUUCAACUACGAGUACGCGCAGAUGGAGGUCACCAUGAAGGCUCUGGCUAAUAACGAUCCAAUGCAGUCAAUAUUGAACAGCCUGGAACAGCAGCACGAAGAAGAAAAGCGAUCGGCGCUGGAGCGCCAGAGGCUCAUGUACGAGCAUGAGCUGGAGCAGCUGCGCAGGAGGCUGUCUCCUGAGAAGCAGAACUGCCGUAGCGUGGACAGGUUUUCUUUCCACUCCCCCAGUGCUCAGCAGCGCCUGAGACAGUGGGCCGAAGACAGAGAAACAACACUGAAUAACAGUCUGAUGAGGCUGAGGGAACAAAUUGUUAAAGCCAAUCUGUUGGUGAGAGAAGCUAAUUACAUUGCAGAAGAACUGGAUAAAAGAACAGAGUAUAAAGUAACCCUGCAGAUUCUAGCCUCCAGCCUUGAUGCCAACAGCAAGCGAGGCUCUCUUCUCAGUGAACCUGCGAUCCAGGUGAGAAGAAAAGGAAAAGGAAAGCAGAUUUGGUCUUUGGAAAAGUUGGACAACAGGUUGUUGGAUAUGAGAGACCUUUAUCAGGAGUGGAAGGAGUGUGAAGAAGAUACCCCAGUGAUACGGUCGUACUUCAAGCGUGCCGAUCCAUUCUAUGAUGAGCAGGAGAACCACAGUCUCAUUGGUGUGGCUAACGUCUUCCUUGAGUCCCUCUUCUAUCGUGUGAAGUUACAGUAUGCUGUUCCUAUUGUCAACCAGAAAGGAGAGGUGGCCGGGCGGCUGCACGUAGAGGUGAUGCGCACCAGUGGUGACAUUGAGGAGAGGGUCGCUGGCGGGGAUGACGCCACAGACGCCUCCUUUGAUAAGGAAACCCCUGAGAACAAACUGACAUGCAUGGUUAAAAUACUCCAAGCCACUGGAUUACCACAGCAUCUGUCCCACUCUGUAUUCUGCAAAUACAGCUUCUGGGACCAGCAGGAGCCGGUCAUGGUUGAGACUGAAAUGGAUACCUCGUCCUCUCCUGUUAGCAAGGAACCUCAGUGCAUGGUUGUCUUUGAUCAUUGCCAUGAGUUUUCUGUUAACAUCACUGAAGACUUUAUUGAACACCUUUCAGAAGGGGCGUUGGCAAUUGAAAUAUAUGGCCAUAAAGUGACUGAUCCUCGGAGAAACCCAGCCCUGUGGGAUCUGGGGAUUAUCCAAGCAAAAACACGUAGUCUUCGGGACAGAUGGAGUGAAGUCACCAGGAAAAUGGAAUUCUGGGUUCAAAUUCUGGAACAGAAUGAGAAUGGUGAAUACUGCCCUGUGGAAGUAAUUUCUGCAAAGGACGUGCCUACAGGAGGCAUCUUCCAGCUCCGGCAGGGGCAGUCCCGGCGAGUCCAAGUGGAAGUGAAGACUGUGCAGGAGUCCGGGACGUUACCUCUGAUGGAAGAAUGCAUAUUGUCUGUUGGAAUCGGAUGUGUAAAAGUUAGAGCACUCAGAUCCCCCAGGACACAGGAGACCUUCCAUGAGGAAGAGGAGGACAUGGACAGCUACCAGGAUCGGGAUUUAGAGAGACUACGUAGAAAAUGGCUAAAUGCGUUAACAAAACGUCAGGAGUACUUAGAUCAACAACUGCAAAAGCUUGUCAGUAAACAUGAUAAAACAGAAGAUGAUGCUGACCGCGAAGCUCAGCUGCUGGAGAUGAGGCUGACUCUAACUGAAGAAAGGAAUGCAGUCAUGGUCCCCUCCGCCGGCAGUGGGAUUCCUGGGGCCCCGGCAGAAUGGACCCCGGUUCCUGGGAUGGAAACACACAUUCCUGUUAUAUUCCUUGACCUAAAUGCUGAUGAUUUCAGCUCUCAGGAUAAUCUUGAUGACCCGGAAGCUGGUGGAUGGGAUGCUACCCUCACGGGGGAAGAAGAGGACGAGUUCUUUGAAUUGCAGAUUGUGAAACAGCACGAUGGGGAGGUGAAAGCAGAAGCCUCCUGGGACUCCGCAGUGCACAGUUGUCCUCAGCUCAGUAAAGGCACCCCUGUGGAUGAGCGAGUGUUUCUGAUUGUGCGGGUGACGGUCCAGCUCAGCCAUCCAGCUGACAUGCAGCUGGUAUUACGCAAACGGAUCUGCGUCAGUGUUCAUGGGCGGCAGGGUUUUGCUCAGAGUCUCCUAAAAAAGAUGUCUCAUCGAAGUUCUAUUCCUGGCUGUGGAGUGACUUUUGAAAUUGUCUCCAAUAUUCCAGAGGAUGCCCAGGGAGUAGAGGAACGAGAAACAUUAGCAAGAAUGGCAGCUAAUGUUGAAAACACGGCUUCUGCUGACUCAGAGGCGUAUAUUGAGAAAUACCUCAGAAGCGUGCUGGCUGUGGAGAAUCUCCUCACUUUAGACCGCCUGCGCCAGGAAGUUGCAGUGAAGGAGCAGCUGACAGGAAAAGGGAAGCUGAGUAGGCGGAGCAUCAGCUCUCCCAGCGUGAACAGACUGUCUGGCAGCCGACAAGACCUCGUUCCGACCUGCAGCCUAGGCAGCAACAAGGGCCGGUGGGAGAGUCAACAGGAUGUAUCGCAGAUCAUGGUUUCCAGGGGAGCAGCUCCAGUGGCCCCAGCCCUCCCUGGUGGUCCCCAAAAUAACCAUUCUCCUGACCCAGGACUUAGUAGCCUAGCGGCCUCCUACUUGAAUCCAGUGAAAUCCUUUGUGCCGCAGAUGCCAAAGCUGCUCAAGUCUCUCUUCCCCGUUCGCGAUGAGAAGAGGGGCAAACAGCCGUCUCCACGAGCACACCAGCCGGUGCCCCGGAUCCUGGUGCAGCCCGCCCUGCCGGACGCCCAGAUGACCAGGACGGCGGAGGGUCACCGGGAGAACACCGGGGUGAGAGUGGCCCCCGACGUGACCAUGACUAUGCAGACUGCUCCAGUGCUGAAGACCAAGGACAGACCAACUCAAGUGCCUUCGCCACCGAGCACGACUGCCAACACCCAGGUCCCCGAAGCGCAGGAUGGGCCGCCAAGCCCCCUGAGCGAGGCCUCCAGCGGGUACUUCUCGCACAGCGUCUCCUCCACCACGCUGUCUGACGCCGUGGCCCUGGGCCUGGAUGGUGCGGCCCAGGCGGGUGGGCAGACGCCUGGCUCGCCCCCUCCCGUCCCCUGCCCGGACUCCGAGACCCGGUUUUCUUCUGCUGCCCCAGGUGCAGACCGCACUCUCCCUGCCCCGCUGGAGGGUCAGAGCAGUCUUCUGUCACUGGCUGUCCCAGCAAGGCAGACUCUGCUGAGUGACAGUGAUGGUGACAGUGCCAGUGUGGCCCAGGCCAAGGGAGCGGUUCCCUCGGAGAAGCAGAAUGAAAAGGCAAGCACUUCACCUACACGUCUUCCCGCUUCCACCCCCCAGGAGUCGCCCAGCCCACAGAGCAGAGAUGACGGCUCCUCUGCCACCACGCCGCUAGGAAGACCCAAGGACCAGACCAGGCCAAACGUCCGCUUAGAGCCGGACGUCUCCAAACCACAGCUGCCUCCUGACCUCUGGUCCCAGUCGCCCGCUCCAGCAUCCCCGUUCAGGAUCCGGAAGGUGCGGACCUCGGAGCUGAAGUCAUUCUCACGCAUGCUUGGCGGGGACCCUGGCAGCCCCGCUAGUGCCGAGGAGGACCUGCCGGCCUCAGGAGGGACUGGCGACGGCGGCUCUGGAGGGCAGAGCCUGGAGAAGCUGGACGUUUCCUCCGAUUCCGAGGACACCAGCGAAGUCCCGGAGUGGCUCAGGGAAGGAGAGUAUGUUACCGUGGGCACCAGCAAACUGGGCAUCGUCAGGUACAUCGGGCCGACCGACUUCCAGGAGGGGACCUGGGUCGGCGUGGAGCUGGACCUGCCCUCAGGUAAGAACGACGGCUCCAUCGGAGGAAAGCAGUACUUCAAGUGCAACCCGGGCUACGGGCUGCUGGUGAGGCCCAGCCGGGUGCGCAGGGCGGCGGGUGCCAGCCGGCGGCGCAGUGCGGGGCUCCGGCUGCAGGGCGCCCCUGAGCCCCGCAGGAGCAGCACUCUCUCCGGCUCCGCCACCAACCUGGCCUCCCUGACAGCAGCUCUGGCCAAGGCCGAGGGCACCUCUGCACUGCGGGUGGACAGGAGCCCCAAGAACCCCGAGGACCGGAAGUCCUGGGCCAGCUGAGCCAGCACCGCGUGGUGCACGCUGACAGCCGGGCGAUGACAGCCCCGGCUGGGAUUGGAGCUGGGCGGCCCUGUCCCGCACACCCCCUUCCCUGAGGGAGCAGGCACUGAAGGCUUUCUGCAGGACACCGGGCUGGUGACCUCCCCGCUUCUCCCAGGACCCUGGAAACUUCGAUUCUUCCUCCACCCAGACAACAAGGAGGAGGCCUCUCCUCAGGGUAGUGGGUUGAAGGUUCUAGGAACCCAGACUGGUCCUGGCUUGUGGGGAAGGAGGCCCUGAGGGCACCUGCCAUCCCCUCCAUCCCCUGGUCAUGGGGCUCCUCCCACCUGGGGCUGCUGUGGCCCCUGUUCUGUUCUGGCAACCCCAUUAACCUCGUAAUUUAAAGAACAGCCCUAACCAGUGCCUUCUCUUCUCCCAGAGGCAGGGUCCUCCGCUUGCCCCCAGGGUGGGCUGGCUCCUCCCCCCAAAUCCCCACACCAGGUACCACGCAAGCGCCUCUGGUCGGGCCCCCAGGGCUCCUGGCCCAAGGUUGGGUCCUGUGUGGCCCGGAGAGGGCCACAGGGUCUGCCCGCCUACCAGUCCCUCGUCCUUCUCCCAGCGUUUCUGAGGGUUUUCUCUGUGGUGGUUGUGGCAUCUUCAUACCCAUAAAGUUUUUCUCCUUGCCAUUUAUUCUCUUA